AUGCUAUUAAAGGCGUUUGAGAGAUCCGCCUGGAGGAUCGUGGCGUCACUGUGCGUGCUCAUGUAUGAUCUGGCGGCGUGGAUUAUCGCCUCGCUACCUCCCUGGACGGCGACGCAGUACUGGAGUGGGAGAAAAUGUGCUCGUGCCGCUUCUGCUAGUGAGGAAAGUGCCGAUUUUGCCGCGAGGCGUAGGACACACUCUCCUACGGCUAUAGGCCGAGUCCCUCCUUCUGGCUUGGCGAGAGCGAUGAGGCGGGAGGACGUGAGCAAGGAGCACACCUCUUCGGGGAGUUUCCCUUGGAGUAUGGUGUUGACGAGGGCGUGGAGGUGGGUGGUAACGGCUGCGUUGGCGAUAGCUGCAUCCCUGAGGUGUUCGAACGUCAUCCCCGACGGCCCUCCCCCCACUCCGUUUUCGCAGCGGCAUAGGAUUUUCGCGAAUGCAGCUGAGGUGAUGGUCACCACGUGGGCCUCAUCCGUUGGUGUCCAGUCAAUGUGUCCAGGUGGCGUGGAUGCGGGUCGGGGGGUUGUUGCCUCAUUCACUCGACUCUCAACUCCCGGGGCAGUUUCACCUUCAUCCCCUCCACUUCCUUCAGUGGUUGAUGCUGCGGCUGGCUGGGCGAUAAAGCUAGCCUCGCCGCCUGUUGGAAGCCGUUCUCCCAGCCUUGACCACGCCCCGCCGCUCGCUGCCGCCCGCCUCUGCCUCCUCGUAAUGCCUGUGGCGGUUGACGGCGGUUCCCCGGCGCCGUAUUCGCCGCAGCCGUUUGGUGUGGCGUCAACUGCGCUUGCCUCGCCGGUGCGGUCGGCGCCGGUUGCCCCUGUUGCGGCAAUGUCUGUCGUGGGUUCUCCUGGUCACGCGUGCUCCAUGGUAGUCGACUUUGGACGAGAGUCGGCGGGUGUGGCCGCCCAACCGCGCGUGAUGGCGCCGGCGCCUGUACCUGCCUUCGUUCUGGCGCCUGAGGCUGACGUGGCGCAUCUUCCUGCUCCAGGCGCGGCGCCCUCUCCCGCGCCUCGCGUUCCGGUGUUGCCGUCGCCUACUGAGACGGCGGCUGUUGCUGGGGUGGCACCUGCGUCUGGCGAGGCGCCUCCUCCUGCGCCUGUGGCGCUACCCGUGGCGUCUCCUGCUGCAUCCCAAGAUGCGCUGGGCGGGAAAUCUGCCCCUCCGCUCCCCGCGGCUUCCUCGUCUGCCCAUGCACUUCCUCCGGCCGGCCCAGCGAGUCAGUACAGCUCGCGGCGUGCGGCUCCAACGCCGUCUGCUCCCCUUCCGGUCACUCGCCCCGUGGUUGCUCCGGCGCCGGCGGUGUCACUGCCGGCUCCCUCGGCCCCUGCUCAUAGUGGUGGGCUUCCUCGGCUACAGCUUCCCUCCCUGGCGGAGGAGCUCCUUCCCCCGCGGGCUGAAGUUACUGGCAACGCCGCCUGCCGCCAUAUCCGCCUUCUCUCUGCGUCGCUCCUUGGAGUCACGAUGUGGGCCGCGUUCAGGAAAGUCAGUACCAGCCGUUCCCCCCAUGCCGACCACUCCGCAUCGGGUAGCACUUCUAGUGGGGUGGUCCUGGCUAAGAAGGAGGCGCGGCGGCUGACGCAGCGAGUGAGGAGGAGGAGGCUUAGCUGGGGGUCCAUCUGGGCUAAGAGGGGGAGUGGUUCCGCUGCCGCUGCAAGUCGUUCUCUAACCGCGCUGGCGCACCCCUGGGGAGUGCCGAUGGGGCUUCCUAAGAUCUGUAGUCCCUCGUCCGCGAUGGGGAUGCCAGGUGGCACGGCGGUGGGGUCGAUAUGUGAGGCGGACCAUGCGGCGCACUUGGCGGGAUUGUGUACCAGGCCGAUGGCGGCGAGGGCUGAGCGCUUGCGCCCGUUCGUCGCGUGUUCCCCCUGCCGGCUCUGCCUCCUCGUCUUCCACCACUCCGCUGCCCCGCUCUGCCUCUGCCUCGUGAUGCCUGCGGCGCUCGGGGACGAAUUCUCGUACCCACCCCCACCCUUUGACGGGGCAUUUGCUGCGCGUGCGUGGUCGGCCUCAUCUGCCUCUGUUGUGACCUCCGCGGAGAUGUCGUCUGUUCCUGCGCCGCCGUCGUCUGCUCCUGCUGCUCCUGCUGUUCGACCGGCGGCGCCUGCUGCGGAUUCGCCUGCUGGGGCGGAGCAUCCGGUGCUUGCUCAGGAGCUUGCGUGCUCCGUGCCUAUCCCACUGGCCCCUGGGUCUGCCCGUGACCUCCCCCUGCCUGUUGCCGCGUCUGUUGACCCACCCGUCCCGGCUGCGCCGUCUGCUGCCCCUGUUCCCGCGGAGCCGAUCCUUGCUGGUGGUUCGUCACCGCUGGCGGCGUCCGCCGCCACUGGCGGCCCGGCCCCGGUUGCGGGAUCUGGGGAGACUGUUCCCUCGGUGCCAGGGCCGGUGACGAUGGCCGAUUUGCAGCGGGUCGUCUCGCUGGAGAUGCGGAGGGAGAGGGCUGGGCAGGCGGGUCCCCCCAGCUCGCCGCAGGGAGCGCCGCUGGCUGCGGCUCCUCCUCCUGUUGCUCCUCCUGCGGCUGCAUCGUCGGCGGCCGCUUCUCCGCGUUCCGCUUCUCGUCGUUCCGCUCCGCCUGCCGCUGGAGCUCUCCAGCCGUUCCAGGCCUUGGUGGGUCCCCUUCCAGUGGCCGAGGUCCCGGAGGCGACGCUCGGGCAGCUGUGGCGCCUCUUUGAGGGGUUACGGGCGGUUCAUUUGAUCCAGAUGUAUGGUCACGCGGGUCUCUCCCGUGGGAACUCUCUGGAUGACGGUUCCCGAGACGAGUGUCUUGACGCCCCAGAUCGCCUCACGGAGCUCCUGGCGCCCGUGCUGGCUGCGCCCGCGAGGGGAGGAGCUGCGGGUGUUGGGCAGCUGGGGACUGCAGUCCGUGGUUUGCGGUGA